AUGUACGUUAAGCUUCUUACCAUCGUCUUCUUCUUGAGCAUACUCUAUCAAUUCAAACAAUCUUCUUCCAAAAUUCUCAACUUCACUUACAAUGGCUUCCGUCGUCCACUAACUGGCAUGACCCUCCAAGGGAGCUCCACCGUCACACCCAGCGGUCUCUUAAAGCUAACCGACAGCACCUUGCAGCAAGCCGGUCACGCAUUCUAUACCCGACCGAUCCGGUUCAAAGAUUCUCCAAACGGCACCGUCUUGUCCUUCUCUACAACUUUUGUCUUCGCCAUCAACCCUGCGUUCCCGAUACUUAGCGCCUACGGCAUGGCCUUUGUCGUCGCUCCUAGCUUCCGCGACCCAUUCGCCACUCCCAGCCAAUACCUCGGGCUCUUCAACAUCAUAAACAACGGUAAUAAUUCGAAUCAUGUCUUCGCCGUUCGAAUUAGACACGAUUCGAGUACGAUUCAAUGA